AUGUCCUCCACCAGAUUCACCGUCUCUGCCCUUCCUCUUGCCCAAAAAUCCCAGCUCCUCAUACACAACCUUACCCCAGAUACUUAUACACCCACCCCAGCUCAUUUUCAGUCCAAGGUUCUUGUAGAAUCCCCAAGUAUCCAAAGACGAGCUCGUCUGCUACCCGGGCCUUGCCAUUUCUCUCAUGUCUCUCCCUUUCCGAUCCCCUUUCCGUAUGAUAUUGAACCCCCAGUUCCUGCAGCGGCUACAGACGACAAAGCGAGCUACAUCGAGAAAUGGCUUGCAGACAGAGAGGCCGUGCACAUCCUGCCUUCGUCGGAAAAACAUCCAGACGCUCCUCUUAGGAAAUACGCUGCCAAAAACAGGGACCAACCUCUCGAUCUCAUUGGUAUAUCUGAAACUGGCCUGAGGGAUUGUGUUCCCCACUUGGAUGUGGGAGAUGCAUUUGCCGUUCUUGGAGUUCCAAGCCUGGCCCACGAAUUUGACGAUGAAGGGGACCCUCAGCCAUCCGAUAUCAAGGAUGUUGUCGAUGCGCGCCAGGAUCUUAUUGAUGUCCUUAGUGGGCAAUACAUGCUCAUGUCUUCUGCGCAAGACGAUUCCAACCCCAAUCACAUCCCUUUUGCUCCAUGGUCAUUGCGCUACAGUGGCCACCAAUUCGGGUCAUGGGCAGGUCAGCUAGGAGACGGCCGUGCAAUUACAAUUCAUGUUACUCCGCAUCCCUCUGACCCAGAGAUGACGUACGAGUUGCAGCUCAAAGGAUCGGGACGCACGCCCUUUUCCCGUAGUGCAGACGGAUUAGCUGUCCUGCGAUCUUCAAUUCGCGAAUAUUUGUGUUCAGAGGCGAUGGAAGCUCUCCAUAUACCCACUACGCGAUCUUUGUCUCUCAUAUCGCUCCCUGCAUUACCAGUACAGCGUGAGCGUGUAGAGACAGCAUGCGUUCUGACCCGUAUGGCGCCUUCGUUCCUCCGCAUAGGCAACUUCGAAGCAUUCAACGGUCCAACCAACAUGUUCUUCUUUGGAGGCGGUCAACAAAAACCUGAUUACGAAGGUCUCAGAGUCCUUGGUGAAUGGGUAGCUGGCAAAGUUUUGAAGCUGAAUAUCGAACCUGGCAAGGCAUGGGGGUCCCAGUUGGUCUUAGAAGUGGCCAGGCGUAACGCAAAGAUGGUCGCUGGAUGGCAGGCAUACGGUUUUAUGCAUGGGGUUAUUAACACAGACAACGUAUCCGUCCUUGGGUUGACUAUUGACUACGGUCCUUAUGCUUUCAUGGACGUUUUUGAUCCACAACAUAUUUGCAACCACACGGACGAGUCAGGAAGAUAUGCCUACAAAUACCAACCUAACAUGAUUGUCUACGCCAUUCGUGCCUUGUUGAACGCUCUAUCUCCCCUUAUCGGAGCAGAAGCCGAGUUGGGUGGCAAAGCUGUCUCUACAGGUUGGGCAGAUGGGGUUACCUCUGAGAAACUAGAAGAAUGGAAUAAAUCCGCCCAAGAGCUAAAGAGCGAAGCAGAACGAGUAGUGCAAGAGAUCGCUUCAGUCGAGUACGGCCGGCUCAUGCGAAAGCGUCUGGGCCUUCGGCGGCAGGAUGCAUCAGAUGAGUCAGAGAUCUUCAAGCCACUCUUAGAGAUCCUGGAGCAGCACAGGCUCGAUUUCCACUCCACAUUUCGGACUCUAUCGUCCUUCAGGCCCUCUUUGUUAUCUGACAAGUCAUCGCUACCUGAUUCGGACACAGAAUCGGGCGAUCUCCAGAGCUUCAUCGCCAAACUCCUCGGACGCAGCGGUGAGCCUGAGAGACUCGACCACGCGGCAGCCAGCAGCGCAUGGCUAACCUGGCUGGAUAAAUACGCUGCGCGUAUACGGAGCGAAGCCGGCGAGUGGACGGGAGUCAGCGGCGAAGCCGCUAUCGAUGCGGAACGGGAGAAGGAAAUGAAGGGCGUAAACCCACGAUUUGUCUUACGCCAAUGGGUGCUCGAGGAGGUUAUCUCCAGGGUCGAGCGAGACUCGACGAGUGGGAAGCGUGUACUUGCCAAGGUCAUGCAGAUGGCAUGCAAUCCUUAUGAGCCUUGGGGUGCCGAGGAUGAGGACCAACCCGAUUCAGAGUUGGACAAGGAGGAAAAAGAGGAGAGGAGAUAUUGUGGACUCGGAGAGAAGAAGAUGCUGGGAUUCCAAUGCAGCUGCUCCAGUUAA